GAUUUGUGAGUGUUUUCAAAUCGAGUAGUGCCUUUAAGUAAGUCUGUACAUUUGCCUAUAUUAUUACUACAAUACUAGACAGAGUGCAUGACAUAUUCAUGCCGUAGGCCUAGGUAAUUACUUAAUAUACAUGUAAGCUCUCUAAGUACAUGCAAUUAUUACUACCAUGCCCCAAUAUCGCCAAAUUUUUCCCUACGCACUUGAGUCCCCGCCACACGCCUCACUUUAUUGAAAGCCUUCCAUUCAUAGGCACAUCCCAGCUUUCUACUCACAAGAGACAAAAUCCACAUAGAAACACACACACACAUGGAGACACCCACGCCACAUCGCAUGCUUACAAUGCACAAAGGCACUUAAGUCAAACGCAUCCUCUGCAUGUACACACACACACACGACCGGCAUACACAUCUCCUCCACAAGCAUCACACACAUACACGUAAUGCACGUCUCCUACACCACCAUACUCACCCACACACAUGCACACACACCCAUACACACGUUUCCCACUUCAGUCCCAUGCAUUAGGAAAUGUGGGCUGGGAGUGAGUGUGGGAUAUUAAAAACCAUUUCAUUAGGGAUUGCUGUGUGUUGUGAGCCGAUUGUUCCGUUGUCACUCUCACUUCGCACGGCAGACAGGCAGGCUUUGGCUAGCAACCUGUUCCAAUACAAGCUGGAUCCUUACUCUUGGAAUAUAUAUUAUUAGCAAGUUUGCGAUCGACGCGACCUCAAAACGGUGUCUUUUGAUGCGAUGAUGCUGCAGACAAUGUGAGAUCGUCAUCAGAAGGCCACUGUCGCUACCUCACCUACGUCACCUUCUCCAGGAAACAGAUCAGAAUGUUAUGACAUCCAGGAGGGAAGAAAAUAUACUUUGACAAUGAUGGCUUCAAAUGAAUGCAGUGUCAUGCAUGGCCAGCAUUGGGAUGCAACUUUACUCUUGGAAUAAGCUUUGAUAUAUUCUGGAAUAUCAGGAGCAUUAACUACAGCAGACCAAAGAUACACAGAUUUUAAGCUUGAUGAACUUCUACCGUAGUAGCUCAGGCCUGUGUCUGUGGCCCCAGGCAACGCUGUCAUCGCUGCAUGCAGCUGUAUUUCUGCUGAGCCAUCACGAAAUGGGAAACGUGCACCAGCUAGCUAACUGACAUUCAGGGAAUGAUCUACACAUUUAGCUGGAUUGCCAAUUUGCAUGCUCCAAAUAAAUUAAGGCACGAUAUAUAGCUACACAGCCACCAGCAAGACCGCCAGCACAAUCACCUGCGAUGAUCACAUACAGGCAUUACCGGUAGCAAUAAGGUGCACUAGCUUACAUUAGCAAAACUGAAAGGUUAUCACUUCGACCCAAAAUACACUCAGGAUGUUUCUGGUAGCAAUCUAUAAUUCAACUAUUUUACUUUCUUGAUGCAGUUUGAAAGCAAAAUGAUAUGAGAAUUCAUUUUUAUCAAGUCUCAAAGCAAAAAGUUUCCAAGCAACUGAUAAGAUUUUGUAAGUGAUAUUUCAAAACCACCGAGUAGUAUCCAAGCACAUACACAAACACAAGAAAAUAAUUUGCCACCAAGUCUGAAGUUAUUAGCACUAUUAUAACCCUAAUUUAUCAUCAUUUUAAUCAUUAAAAAGUAGGUGUUAUUGUAAAAUAGAAAACUGUGGCAUGAAUUAUUUUUUGCAAUUUAUAUUUUGUGUCAUAUUAUCAAAUUAAGUUGCUGCAUUUGCUGCCAAUUUGUGCCACUGCUACUGCAACACACACUGCAACAAACAACUUUGAAACCACCUGUUCAGUCUCGUAGCUAUCCAAUGUAAGACAACCAUCACAGCAACAUUCCUCUAACACCCAUAAAGAUUCAAAGUGAUCACAGAAACUAGCUAUAGAUACAUCAGCUCAAACAUCUGCAACAUCAACAACGCUACCAUCACCACAAGAGAGAAGAUUUUCACUGCCAGAAACCUCAUCUUCUACAAGCCUUUUUACACUUUGAAGUUGUUGUUGUGUUGCUGCCACCUCAUGUUCUAAGAAUCCUGCAUUGCAGCAACUAGAUGCAACAUCGACAUCACCGCCAUAAUCUUUCCUUCAUCACACAAAAGAAGACUUUCACUGCCAGAAAGCUUGUUUUCUUUAAGCCAUUUUGUGCCACCUGACAUUGUGUUGCUGCCACAUCUUGUUGUGAAUGACAAUUUGUUGCCAUGGUGGUGAAACCGACAGGGUUAGAAACACAGCCAUAUCCAGAAAUGUCUCAGGGAACAGGACCCAGUGUGUCAACAGCAUACCCACAUGAAGUAAUUGAGAGUGAGCAAGGCUUCUGGCAGCACUCUUAUGCACCAUACGCAGUUGGCUUCGGUUGUGCUGUUUUUGUUAUUCUACUAGCAAUUAUAUGCUACUGUUGCUGGAGAGCAUGGCGUGCCAAGCAUCUGAGGGACGAGGAGAAGCGAAUAUGCAUGUACCCGCCCAUCAAGCCUGCAACGCAGGAGGGGCAACUCGUCCAACCCGAGGCAGGCUACACAUACGCUUCACUAGCCCGCAGUGAACCCAUUAAGAUAAAGAGCAAAGGAUUGCAAGAAAGGAGAAGUUCAUCCCAGUCACUCACACUCGACAUUAAUGCUCCGGCAGAAACAGUCAGAUGGGUAGCCUCGCCCCCAAGAGAAAGCUCUGUACAAGAAUACUUAGAGUCAGCAGGCAACAGAAUGACGAGAAAACAGCUGAGAAAUUCAAUUAAAAACUUCCGCGCCCUACAUGAAGAAUUCUGGGACAUUCCGAUGAAUCAUCCUGAGAGUGUAGAGGUUCCAGGUUCAGCUGCUAAAAACCGGUAUAGCACCAUACUACCCAACCCACAGACAAGAGUGUCCCUUCCACCAAUCAGCGGAGAUCCUCUCUCUGACUACAUCAAUGCAAAUAUUAUCAGGGGGUACGAUCGAGAGCCCACUGCCUUCGUCGCCACUCAAGGCCCAAUGGCACACACCCUGGCAGACUUUUGGAGGAUGAUCUGGUUUACCAAUGCACCUGUUAUUGUCAUGGUAACCAAGAUCAAAGAAAGGAAAAGAAGUAAAUGUGAGAUGUAUUGGCCUCAGGGACAGGGUUUCUAUGGAGAUAUUGAUGUGACGGUGGAAGAAACAGUGCCCAAAGACGAUUAUAUACUUAAAAUAUUUACAUUGAAGUACUUAAACGAAUGUCGUCAGGUUUUGCAUUACUGGUACACCGCAUGGCCAGACAAUAAGCCUCCAGAGAACCCUGUCACGCUGCUGGAGAUGAUACGUGAGGUGGAGUUCAGCAGGAUAGACCCAACGCUUCCAAGAGGACCCGUCAUAGUCCACUGCAGUGCUGGACUUGGUCGGACUGGGUGUUAUAUCGCAAUCACACUUGGUAUGAGGCAGAUGGAUGAAGAGAGUAUGGUCGAUAUACUGGGUAUUGUGUGCCAAAUCAGGCAAGAUAGGGGAGGAAUGAUCCAGACCAACGAGCAGUAUGAAUUCAUCCAUCAAGCCCUCUGCCUCUACGAGAAAUGUCUGCCACGAAGGGAAUCCAUCACGGGGGCAGAGUGAGAGGGCGCCCUUCCCACUACACUUCGGCGAACGGACGGACGGACUCUCGUAUUCAGACAGUUUAGUACAGAACCAACCACGACUAGCUUUACCACGCUUUAUUUACUUAAGCAUUUACAUCAUUGUUAUUUGUGAUCUACAUGUUUUAUUUAGGGAUCAAGUGCAGUUUUAUUACCCAGGUUAAAAAAACAGUUGAAACCAGUUGGAUUUUCUACUUGUUUC